GAGAAGGGUCGUGGAGAGCCAGCAGUGGCAGCGGAGCAGGCUGAGGCGCCAUGUCGUCCUGUGCGGGCGCGCAGUGGGAGAAGCAGCACCUCUGGCUGUACCUGCUGGCGCUGGGCUUCGAGCCGGAGGACGGCGAGCUGAGCGCGGCCGGCGGCUGCGCGCUCGGAGCGGACAUGUUCGAUGCUCCGAACAACGAAGCUUUUCACACCAUUGCACUCUUCCUGUUCACUAAGCUGGAUCCUUCACGUGCAGCAGAAAUGUUUAGAGACUGCUCACUUCCAGGAGACAGAAAAGGAGACCCUGAAUUUAGGAAGCAAUGCUUUACCUGGCUAAAAGAAAUUGCAGAAGAAGACAGAAGCACUUUUCCACAAAUUGCAGCUUCUUUAUUUCUUUCUGCUGGUGGUCCUAAAUUUAUUGAUUUAAUGUAUCAAUUUGCAAGAUAUGUGUUGAUUCAGGAUAUAAAAGUCAACUCUGUAGGCACUGAUAUACCUUUUGCCAACAUUGAUAACUUAAUACAAGACGAUCCAUACCUGACAAAAGCAAGAUGCAGAACAGCAUGUAAUAAACUUCUGCAGAUGCUUCAAAAGGAAGAUUAUAUAAUUCGAGAGCAUAAGAAGAAAGCAUGGUUGCUAAAUAAAGAAAUAAGGAAGCUAAAACUUGAAUGUGCAGGUAUGAAGCUGUGGCUUUUAAAGAAGAAGCGAAAUGACCGAAGCAAAAUUGGCAAAACUGAGAGAAUUCAAAAGGUCCGCAAUAUGUGGACAUUUGUCAUGGAUACCCUUUCAUCUUUGAAAAUGGAAAAGGAAGUGGUAGAUUCUGUGCUUGAUGGUCGUGCUGACCAAUAUGCUUUAGAUGGAACUAAUUUUGAUAUCACUAUUCCUCAAGUGUUGAUUAACAGAAUUGAAGGCGAGAGGCACAAGCUGUGCAUAGAAAAGAUACACGAAGAGGAAAAACUGAAUUUCUUGACAAUUGUUCAAUUAUUAAAUGAAGCCCUAAGGAUCUUUAGAGAUGAAUUUAAUCAACUUAAAUCAAAAGAACAUCUUCAGUAUAUUAGGAAUGAGAUUGAAUUCCAAAGUAAAGUAAUAGUAAAUUUGAAAAAAAUGAGCCAAAAAAUAGAGCAAGAGUAUUUUGUGCCAACAAGUGAAUCUGUUUCUGAAAAACAGGAGGAGUGGGAAGUAAAAUGGAAAAACUAUCUUGACUGCUCUCCUUUUUGCUUAGCUGCAAAUAAGGAUCCAGAACUUGGUCUGUUACCAACUGUGCAACCCCUUUCUUUUUAUCCUGCAACAGAAGAAACUUAUGAGAACAGUGACUUCUGUCAACAUUCAGAUUCAAUUUCAGAUAUUCUUGAAUCAGUCUGUGAUGGAAAUUAUGAUGAUGAGGAUGAUGAAGAUGAUGGGGCACUGGAAAAUGUGACGGAUAAAGCAAUAUUAACACCUGAAAGAAGGCUCUCCCAAGGAUCCCAAGAAUCUUUAGAGUUGAUAAGCUCAUUUGAGAACAGCACCGAGCUGCUUGAACAGGUCUUGUCUACUGAAAACUUCAUUUGGGAAGAACAGCCUGCCUCUGCAAAUAUGUUGAAAGACGGAGUGGAUGAACCUACCAUUGAAGAGACAGGGAAGAAUAAAGAUGCUCAUAUUAUCCAGAGAGAGUGCCCUCUCAGAGAAGACUCUCUUGAGAAAGCCCAACAACAACUGGCAGAAGAGGUUGCAAAAGCAGUGAUGUAUGACUCACCUCAGAGUAGUGGAGAAAAAGGAGCAGAGCUGGAAGAUCUCAUUAGCUCACUGUCUUCUAACCCUUUUAUCACAAGGAAACAAAUUCCCCGAACUCCGGAAAAUCUACUUACAGAAAUUAGAAGCUCAUGGAGAGAAGCUAUUCGAAGUGAAGACUCAACAGACACAGAGAUGUUGUCAUCUGAAGUAAUAACAGAAACUCCAAAGGCGGUUAAAGCUGUAGUACAGAAAAGUAUUCCUAAUAGCACUUCAUCUCCUGUAAUUAACUUUGAUUAUUAUCAUUCAGAAAGGAAAUCCCACUUAAGCUGUAUAGAACUUUCACCUGAAAGGCAGAUAAAGAUAAAUCAUGUCAGUAGAUCUUCAGUUAAGGAAACAACUAGGAUAUCAGAGAAUGAUCGAAUUGAGAAACAGGAGUUAGAAAAUAUUCUGAAUAAAACAGAAACAGUUCCCUAUGAAAAGAAAAGUAUAGAUACUCAAGAUAGCUCUUCAGAAAACAGGAGAAGAAUUCUGUCCCCAGAGCACUUGGAAGAUUCAUUUAUGGAUAGAAUUCAGCUGUUUAGUUCAAGUUUUGAUAGUCACGAACCUGCCCAGUUAGGGAUGUUCCGUGAGAUCCUCUCAGAUCCUGGUCAAUCACCAAGCUCCGAGUUGAAUUUUGAUAUACCUGACAACAUAUAUUUGCCAGGUAGCAGAGAAAAUGAGAGAGAUAUUUCAGUAGAUUUAGAGUCUGUUCUCAGCAGAUACGAAACACUGAAAAGGACUCUGUCUAGAAGUGAAGAGGAACAGACACCUGCUGCUGAUGAAUCUCUGAAUUGUUUCUCGGAUCUAGAUUUUAUACGAGUAGACACAGAAGGAACUGAUCUGGAAAAAACGUUUUAUUUGGAUGAAGACUUUCUCAAUACUCUCUCAUCACCUGUUACUUUUUCUGAAAGUAACCCUUCCCUGUCGCCUUUACUGGUUCGCUCCAGAUAUCUGGAGAGAAUGGUAUCAGCUCUAAACAGAAUGCCUUUUGACUCCGUACAUAAAUUGAAGGACGAAGAGCAUUUGAGCAAGAAGCUGGACACAAAGGAGCCAUUGUGAUGGAACCUGUACAGCUGAAGCAGAACCUUAAGUAGUAGAAAUAUGGUUGGCUUGAGCAUAUAGCCUGUUCUCCAAAUGCUGCUCAUGCAGGGAGAUUUUCUCGUUUGUCCCAGAAGUUUCUUCGUUCAAGAAUGUCAGUUGCCUACUCUGGUUCCUCCUGUUUUAUUUCACAGUAACAUUUUGUGUGUAUGGACUUCUAUUUGUAUGCAGAAUAGUAUAUUCAUUCACAUGUAUAGCUUUUUAAAAAUAUGUCAAGGACUAGCUGAACACUGUGUAAUUCUAAAAAAGGGAAAACAGUAGGUCUCAAAUGGGAAAUUGUUAUUUCCCU